AUGUCAAACCCAGAGCAUGCAUUCCAGGAGCUAGCGCGCAUCUUCUCAUCUAGAGGAAACGAAGUUCUCGAGAUCGAGAUCAUCCCUCCGAGUCUAGGCGCAACAUUCCUGCAAGAUGGCUGCUCAGUGGGAAUCGCCAAGAAAGCACUCGUGCAGGCAUACACGGUCGCGCGAGCUCUCUUCUUCAAGGAGUUAAAACCCAUGUCUGAGAACGACUUCCAAGAAGCACUUGUCGCAAAAGCCCAGCCAGCAAAUCAAGAUCCAGCAAUCACAGAGGUGAUGCUGCUAUUCGAUUGCGAACACCUCACAGCUUGCAAUUGGCGCAAACGCCGAUUAUGCGCAGCCAUGGCGCAUUCAAUUACCCAGGAUCUUUCAAGCGAGACAACCACCACCACAGAGCUGCUGGAAGCUGAGCUCACUCUUAUGUCGAGUUAUCAGUGCUCGCCACUUCAUCGCCAUACUAAGUCGCCUACGCUGUGGCACCACAGGCUCUGGGUGCUGAGACAUCUACUUGAGAGACGGACAUGGAAUGCUGAGGCUGUGCUGCAACUCCAUCAGAGUGAACUGGAAGUGGUUCUUCGUGCAGGAGAACUACACCCGAAGAAUUACUAUGCUUUCAACUAUAUGCGGCAGUUGACUGCGCUUCUUGUAAAAAGAAUGACCGUGGACCUGGACUGGAACGUCGAAGCAACGAUCUCUGUUGUCGACCGGACGUUUGAAUGGUGUCUGGCUAAUCCACGCGAUAUCUCCGGGUGGAGCUUUGGAAUAUACGAGUUGAGUUGUGUCUCUGACCACGCGGUGCAAGCACAUGCACUUGAGAAAGUUCUCACGUUUGCACUGAGUGUUGGGUGGGAAGGUGAGAGUCUCUGGACAUUUGUUCACCAAGCUGUCAAGCAAUUUGAUCUUGGAAGUGUUGCAGAUGAUAUGGGGUUACAUUGCCCUCCGGGAAUUGCAUCCAAUAGUCCUCCAAGUUCUUUGCACAAGCAGUCGUGGCAAACCUGGCUGGACCAGGCGAGGGUAUACUGGGCAGAUAAUAGCCAGAAUGAUAGCUCAUAA